UCUUCUGUAUUGUUGUGCCCGCUAAACCGAACACAACGACCGUUGCUCGGCGCCGAUCGCGGGUGCGCUCUCUUUUUUUUUCAUUUCCAUUUACCUCUUUUUCUCUCGUCGUUUUGUCCCCAACCCCCUCCACCGUCCCCUGCGUUACGCUUUCCGCCCCUCUGACCUUCCCGACGACGGUUUCCGUCCAUCCACGCGCUCUCACGCUCGUCAUCUCUCCGCUUCUAUUCAAAUCGCUAUUUCUCGUAACUCAUUCUGUCCGCGUCUGUCCUACACCUUCCCGUUUCCGAAUCAACCCGGAAGGAGACGUCACGAUCGAGAGGAAGUGGAAACCGUCAGACCAUUCAGGGACGUUACGCGAUCGCCACAGCUUGGGCGUAUUACUACAGUCACGGAAGUCUACGGCGGCGGCGGUGGCGGCGGAAGCGGUGGCGACGACGACACCGACGACUUUGGACGACGCAGGUUCGACAACGUCGCGGUUGUGUCACCGGUGGACGAGACGGCGACAUUUGCCAUCAACUCGUAUUCCUCACGUCGUCUGUCGAAUGAGUCAAAACAGACACGGUUGGCGAAUAAAAGUCUUCCGCCACGAGGUGUCUUUUGUCGAACUUGUCAUUCGAUUUGAGCGAUAAGCAAUAUUAACCAGUGUAAUCAUUUGUCGGCUACUCGGACGACAACUGAUAUUUCGGACGCACAUGCGAAAACGCUGGUUUACAAAAACGCGACUACUGUAUCCAAUACAGCAAUAAUAAUGAUAAUUAGCAAUAUUAUAGUGAUAACGGAACGUUAGAAUUGUGUUUUUUUUUGUCCGAAUGAACGAAAAGCAAUAAUAUAUGUAUUAUAUAGUAACCUAUUAUAGUGUACGAUAUAUAUUAAUUAUAUAAUCAGUACAGACAGUAUCUGCAGAGCGAUAAUCGAUUAGUGCUCAAUUCAGUCUAGAUUUGGCUUUUUUUUUUAUAUUUAUACAAUAUAAGACGAGAAUUUUGUUCUCACUGUUCUUCAACGACGAUUCUACUUCGUUACCAUGCCCCGAUACUACGCGGUGAAGAAAUUGGGACCAAAACUGAUGUUUCACCAACAACAGCAAAAUCAACAGCAACAACAACAACAGCCACAGCAACAAAUACUACUUAUACACCAGCAACAACAUCAGACGACCAUGGACGAGCUGGAGGACGAUGAGUGCAGCAGUUCUAGAUCUGGUACUGAAUCCCCUCCACCGUUCACUGAUCCCACGUCAGUGAAACUCUACAAGCCUCUGGAAUCCGUCACCAUGUCUAAACAUAAAGAUUAUUUGAAGUAUUGUUAUGAGCUGGAUCAAAAACAAAACUUAUUCAAGGAGCGAAGCAAAGAAGAAACUGAAGCCGCUCACGACUUACUCGAACUCUCCAGAUCUUUGCCACCACUGCCACCACCGAGUACUGUGACCAUCGCCGCACCCACGCCACCCGAGACACCUCUUGGCCCGGGAGCGAAUGAUGGGUGCCCAGCGUCACCGCAAUUCGUGUACGUGUCCGCGGGUGUCUCGGCAGCGCCUCUUACACCACCCGCUUCAGAGUACUCGUCGGACGCUGAAAACAUACCAGCAGACACAGGAAGUGGCACUUCCAACGCCUCGGCCGUCGUGGUGGCCACGGCUACGGCUACCACCACCGUAUACAGCCUGAUCGAUUACGUUAUCGAGAGGAGUGACGGAGGGUCGUAUGAUCCGUUGUUGUCAAGAGACUUAAACGUCAAGACCAGCAAGACGACAACCGCGGAACACCGUCGGUCGACCUCCACUACUACCACCACGACAACCACCCAGGUCGUAGUCGGAUGCAACUCCGGAAACAAAGCCCGUUACACUUGCACUGAUUGCGGCAAGCACUACGCCACUUCGUCGAACCUGUCCCGACACAAGCAAACGCACCGGAGCCUGGACUCGCAGUCUGCCAAGCGGUGCAACGCUUGCGGAAAGGCUUACGUCAGCAUGCCAGCACUGGCCAUGCACUUGCUCACUCACAAGCUGUCUCACGCGUGCGGCGUGUGCGGCAAGAUGUUCAGCAGGCCGUGGCUGUUGCAGGGCCACCUUAGGUCGCACACCGGAGAGAAGCCUUACGCGUGCGCGCAGUGCGGCAAAGCGUUCGCGGACCGGUCCAACCUGCGCGCGCACAUGAUGACCCACUCGGGCGACAAGAACUUCGCGUGCCACUGGUGCCGCAAGUCGUUCGCGCUCAAGUCGUACCUGAACAAGCACCUGGAGGCGGGCUGCGCCCCGGCGGCGGCCGUCUCGGCCACUUCGUCGUCGUCGUCGGCGUCGUCGUCGUCCCCGUCUUCGCCGCAACAGCCACAGCAGCAAGACGACCGGGACACGGCCACCCGGGACGGAUAACGCCGUCGAGCGGCGCCGCAGCAGCAGACGCCCCGGCGGACGUCGGUCAUACGGUUCGCCGCCGCCACGGCCGCCGACGCCGCCCAACUGUCGGACUAAUGCAGCAGCAGCCGCCUUCGAAGUAACAUUUUAAAGAUUUUUUUUUUUUUUUAUCGAAAGACACGGAACAGACAACUGUGACACCAACUAUAAAAUAAUUAUAUUAUUAUUUUUAUUAUUAUUGUAAUAAUUAUAUAGUGGUACGAUCAUACGAUAUAUUAUAUUGUAUUUAGUCUUUGAUAUAUCGAUAUCGGUACCCCUACUUAUUAAUAUUAUUAAGGACAUAGGUAUAUAUGUAUGAGGAUAGGUUUCACUUAUUUUUUAUUAUAUAUUAUAUCUGAUAGCAGUAUUAUCGCCUAGUUUUUAAGAUAACGCAAUAUUAUUAAUAUUAUCAUCAUCAUCAUCAUCACCACCACAGCCUGUGCCUAGCAGUACCUCUAAGCGCGCGAAGUUUAUUUACCUAUUCACCUAUAUCAUAAUACUAUAAAUAAUAUAGGUAAGGUAGUGUGUUUUGAAACGAGCAAUAAUAUUAAUGUAGUAUACAUUAAGCAGUAUUAGGCUGUCAUUAUAUAUUUUUAGAGAAAUUUUUUUUUUCAUCGUCAUAUUAUUCAUUUUAUAUGAUUUGGCGAUCCUCGUCGUGGUAUGUGUGUUUAUUAUACGGUUUUUUUUUCUACGACAAUUUUUAUGGUUAGACGACGUCGAUUUCGAUAUUUUACGUAUUAUCAAAUUUAUAUAAAUUAUGAUAUGUCCGUUCGAUAAUGAUCCUGGUCGAUCAAUAAUACAACGAUAUGAUUUUAAUAGACGUUUUUUUUUUUUUUUUUAAUAAUAUUACUAAGCUUUUUGAGCCGUUUUUGGAUUUUGACUAUUGGGCGGAUGUUAUACAACAAUUCAAUAAUAUUGUUAUAUAAUAUUCAGAAAAAUAUUUGCUCAAAUAUUGCAAGGUGAACAUACGUAAUAAAAAUAUAUCAUGUUUUUUUCGUUUUACUUUUUAUACAAACCUUUACAUUAUUAUACGCGUGAUGAAUGUUUAAAAACCGUUUGGCGUAAUAAUAUAUUUUGUGUAUUGCUCGAUAGUUGAAAAUUUAAAUCUAACGGAGACGUUUUAUAAAAUAUGCUCGCACAUGUGGUAAAAGUAUAUUUGAUAAGUCGUAGUAUUUCGAUAAAACUUCUAUAAUAUAAUAUAGCAAAAAUACAAGAUUAUUGUUAUCAUCAUUAUACCAUAGAUGGAGGUAUUAAUUUCACAAAAAAAAUUAAAAAAAAUUAUGUACAAAUAUUUCUUUAUUAAAUUAAACUUUUUGAACACGACAAAAUAGGAUUGAAUAAUAUAUUAGCAGGCUGUGAUUUUGGAUUAUACAAGUAUUUUAAAAUUUGAACUGAUGGUUUGAAUAAUUUUCGUGCUAUAUCGAAAUUGAUUUUAAUUUGGUUUUUAAACUAAAGUUUCAAAAAAAAAAAAAAUAAUAAUAAUAAUACAAAAAACGCGUUUAUUUAGCACAAUUUUUAUUACUUAUAAACUUUUACGAUAGUGUAUUUUAGAGUGAUAAAACGUAUUAUACAUUUUACCAUUUUUAAAUUUAACCAAAGGCUGAGUAUAAACUUAAUAUUUAUAGAUUAUAGUGAAUAAUAGUUUGUUAGGUAGGUCCGUCCUUUCCUGCUGUUGAGAUGGUUAUCUGAAAAUUGUAGGUGGCCGUUACGGGAGCAAUCGAAUUUAUUCCCAUACGCGGUUGUGUAUUUUUAAUUAAAAUAGUAUUUUAAACCACGAAAUGAAACUUUGAAAAUUUGUGAAAAACGACUUUUUUAACGUUAUCAUUUCGAGCCAGUAUUAUUUUUAAGUGUAACAUUCAGCGAAAUCACACGACGGGAGACGAGGAACGUCGUUAAAAAGACGUUUACGAAAUGCACGGCUUUGGCCGACUAUUCAGACUAAUUGUUAUUAUGCUCCGUGGUACAGUAUCAGCGUCUCAUCCGAAUUAAUGAUCCAAUCGUUAAUCGCACGCCGAAAUAUUCGUUAUCGAAUAUGGCCAAUGAAGGUUGAAAACCUGCAACCGCCGCAACGUUAUUGUUUCCAAAGACGAUAUUCUAUUAUCAUAAUUAUUAUUAUUAUUAUUUUAGUCUAGAAAUUGAAUUCCCGUCAGUGGGUUCGCAUUACGUUGUACGAUGGUCGUGGAACAAAAGACGCUAUAAAAAACUACUUUUUACUUCAAAUUAUUUAUUUUCAACAGUUCUUUUUGAAAAUCCAAACACAUACACAUUUUGCAUUAUUUGUAUUGCGCCAAAUCACAUCUUAUUGUUUUACAGCAUUUAAUUCUGCACAAUAAUAAACAAGUAAUAUAAUAUCAUUAUAUUCCUUAUCAUCCUAUAAUAUAUUUUGUCAUAUUUUAAGUCAUAGGUCUGGUAUUCCAUGUUUUGAUACCGCCGUUUUGAUCUCGGGUCGGUGGCAGAUAAAUUCUUUCCGAUUUCGAGUUUAUGCGCUUCUGCCCCGAAUAUCAUCGUGCUAUAACAUUAUAACAAUAUGUUCAUCUUGAGAUUUCAGAAAAUCGUUUCCGACGACCAUCCGUACCACGACGAUCGACAGUUUAGUAACACUUUUGUAUAUCAUUAGACGUUUUUAUAUAUUAUAUAAUAUAAUAUUAGGUAUUCUAAGUUACCGCGUUUUCAUUAUAUUUUGUAUUUUAGGAUUAAACGCGCGCAAUAGCAUACACACGAAGCUUCCAAUAUUUUAUAGGUACGGCACGGUGUGCUCGCCACGCGUUGGCGUAAAUAGAGAGACUUAUAAUAAUAAUAAUAUAAAUUAUAUAUUAUUAUUAUAACUUUGGCAAUAUUAUCAUACAAUGUUAUUAUUAAUGUAAGAUGUAGAGAGAAAGAGAGAUGAAUCGUAUUUUUUAGUAUUUUAUUCUUGGUAGUUUAAUUUGUAUAGUAAUAUUAUUAUUGUACAAUACGUAUAUAUUAAUAUAUAUCAAUUUACAUAUACGUGUACACAAAUAUACAUAUAUUAUGUGUAUACAUUGUAUUUGCUUUAUCGUUUUUAAUCAUACUCUGUAUAUAAAUAUAGUAUUGUAAUAAUAAUAUAUUAAUCAUUAUGCAUUUAUAUAUUAAAGUAUAGAAUUAGGCGCGACGCGUAAAUACCAAUUUUACAUUGCGCAGUGUAUGUGGUAAUAACUUAUUAUUAUCAUCAUCAUCAUUAUCAUCAUUAUUGAUUAUGUUAUUUAACAUUUUACUAAUAGAUAGGGUUUCGGAACAUGAUCUAUGAGACUAUAUUAUAAACAAUUUAUAUAACCACGAUUUGUAAUGCUCAAUAAAAUUUUAAAUAUUUAGUUUUAUAUAACGCAACGAUAUAAUAUUAUUACUAUUAUUAUUAUUCUUAUGAGAUAAUAUAUCGUACUGAUUUGUGAACGAGAACAAAAUACGUUCAUCCGUUUUAGUUGUAAUAUUUAUCAUAUUAUUGUAUCGUGAGCAAUCGCGUCGUAUAUGACUAGCCUCAUUGCGAUGGUUAUUAUCGCAUCGCCACCGUCAUCAUUAAUAUUAUUAUUAUUGUAAUUAGACAUUUUUUAGAAUUUUUUUUAACAUAAUUUUUUGUAGCGGGUUUUACCGAUUUAUUUUUAUUUUAACAUACAUUAGUUUUUAAGUCACGCUUUAGUCAUAAAGGUAUUUGUAAUUAAUAUUACAUAUGUUUGUGACAAUAGUGCCGCCGAUUACGGUCGUAGUUUAUAUUACGAUAGUAUUUAGCGACUUAUAAUUUAUUUAUUAUUGUACUGAUACGAAUGUUCCCCUCCACUUCUGCGCGUAUUUGGUUCACUGAUGAGCGUUUAAACGACGAUAAAGCGAUAUUAAAACAGAUAAAACUUAACUAUGAUAGAGCGCAAUGGUAAAAUACUAUAAGAACAAUAUUAAUUGCUAUAAUAUUCGCCAAUGUCGGUUCGGUAUCGCGAACGCGAAAUCUGCUCGUCAUGAUAUUAUUAUUUUAUUAGAUUUUUUUAUGUCUCAGGGGCCAAGUACAAGCUGAACGUAAAUAAUUUGGUGUACGCCGUAGGUAUUUAUAUUAUAUAAUGUGCGCCUAUAGAGGAGAGACCUAUGUCGAGUGUAACCUUACCGGAAACGCCGACGUGCGUCAUCAAAACUUGUUACCUACUAUGGGGCUGUCACCUUUUGCCGAAAUGAAGUCCGUCCGACGUCUGAUUGUCUGAAUGUUUUUCGCUGAAUAACUUAUGAGUUAUACUUAUACAAGACUUCUUGAUAAAGUAAAAACAUAGUUAAUGUAAAGAAUAUAAAAAUACAUUAUUUAUUUGUAUCAAGCUCCGUAAUAUCAUGCAAAACAUAAUACCAUUAUUAAUCCUCUCGAUUUCACGAGUACUAGAUAAAUAAUAUAAGUGUUUGCUGCAAAAAUCUAACACUUUCAUCAAUUUUUAAAUGCACUUUUUUAAAUAAAAAAUACUCAACAAGUUGGCGCAGCAACCAGAUUAAUCCAUUAUGUAUAAAAGUAUAGUUUUAUAUACUUUUCUUUUUAUUAUUGCAUAAUGUAGUGAUACAUUUUAACUAGUAAAUAUAAGUUGUAUGUAUACAUGUAUUCUACAACUUGGUUAAUGUAAAAUACAGAUUUGUUUCAUUUGAAAUUAAAUUAAUAAUUUAAAAACAUAUAAUGACGAUUACGAGGAAAGUUCUUUGAAUGACGGUUUAAGUCCAUUACGUUUUUAUAAAAUCUUAAUAAAACAGUUGACGAACCAACAGGUUCCAUAUAAUGUUUAUUUCCAGUAUCUUUUAUAGAAUUAAAUAAUCAUAAACAUAUUUUUCGUUAUUCCUAAAAGUUUUAAUUUCAUCUUGUUUUUGCAGCAAUCUCUUGAAUUGUCUAUAUAACCGUAGUUUAAACAUGUAUUUCCGUUAUAACCAGACAACCCGUGUGAUGGCAGGACUUUAAACGGCAGCCUUCAGUACCACUCGUAUAAAAUAUUACACAAUUAUCCGUAAUAUUAUGCUGUAAUACAUUAGAAUCGUUAAAACCCAUACAGUGCCGAAAUUUUUAAAAAUUAUUUUUAAGAUAAUAUAUUAUUCGCGCAGGCUUUUUAGUAUGUUGUAUAUAUAAUAUAAUAUUAUAAAGUCUGUUACGGUCUUUAGUAUUACUCAAAUAAAAUUUCUCUCGCGUCCUAAAAAUCUAGUCAUAUACUCGUCUAGUCCUUAAUAUCUAGUCAUUUACAUCCAAUAUCUUUAAUUAAUCUAUAAUAAUAAAUAUGACUAUGACGCACAUGCGUCACGUAUAAGUAUUACUAUUUUAUGAUAAUGUUAGAUAUCAACCUAACCUAACCUUCCAUUCUAAUUUUAUGUUUGUUUUAAGUGUUUUUUUUUUUUUUAUUCCUUAUUUUGUACGUGUUUAUUCUUGUAAUUUAUUAUUACCGUAGUUUUUCAAUGUUUUUAUUUUUUUUUAUAUUGAUUAUUUAUUAUUAUAUCGCUUGUAUAAAAAAAAAAAAUAAAAAAAUAAGAAUAAUAAUAAUAAUAAAAUCAUAUUAUAUUAUAUAAUACAUAUACAUACUCAUUUAACAAUUAUAACCCAUAUCGAUUUAUUAAUAGAUCUCUAGAUUGGCUAGAGUAAAUAAAAAAACGUAAACGCUAAACUUGUAAAAAAUUGAUCUCGUGGUAAUCAUCGAUAAAAGCUCACACAUUCCUGUUUUUUUUUUUUUUUUUUUAAUUGAAUUCAGUUGUGAUAGAAUUACGGCUUAUGUUACUGGUGAUAAAAUAUAUCCUAUUCAUUUUGUCACUAAAAUAUAAUAUUUAAUAAUAUCACCUAUCGCAAGAGAAAUUGAUUUUAAAAUCAAAACGACCAAACUUUUGAAACAAAAAAUAAUAAUUAUAAUUAUCCGUGACAUGUUUUGGAAUAUACAAGUAUAUUUAUAUACAAAAAUAAUAUUUUGUUUGUAAGUUUUAAGCUGACGCCAUGCGCUUCAGAAUAGUAUUACGUAUGUAUUUGUAUUAUAUAAUUGUAUUGUAAAACAAACAUUCUUUUUUUUUUUUUUUUUUAAGUGCUUAGAUAUAUCCGUAACAUUGUUAUUAUAUUAUAUUUACACGUGGAAGUUUCAGUCUCGUUUACAGGAAAUGAUCGCUAUAUAAUUAAAUAAUAAAUCGUUUGUAAUAUUGUAUCACAAUGUGUGUACGAUAGGUAAUAAUAAUAUCAUAUUGUACGAAAGUCUAAUAUGUAUAUUGUAAUUAUGAUAAUAAUAACAACGACAUAAUAUUAUGUUCUCUUGGCAAUAAUAAAUAAUAAUGAGCAAUA